AUGGCUCGUUCUCGCUCUCGUACUCCCGGUAGCAGUGGUAGAUCGGCAUCUAGGUCCUCGUCGUCUAGGUCGAGGUCUAGUUCAGUAUUGUCUGCGGCCUCGGAGCCUGAAGCUGAGGGGCUCUCUGUUAUCAAGGUUAGGUCUGAGGAAGCGGCGUUGGUGUUGGGUAGAGGAGGGAGUACUAAACGCAAACUGGAGAAUGCUGCUGACUGCGACAUUGAGCUUGUGAACACAGAAAAUGGUGAUUCCAAUGUGGAACUUCGUGGUCCGGCUCGCAAUAGAGAGCUUGGUCGUGACUAUAUCUGUUUCCUACUUCUUAAUAAGAAGAAUGAACCUCUCGAGUUGGAUCCUGAGGAUCGUGAGGACUGCAGCUGGAUCGAUGUGCCUCAAGACACCAUAGGGUAUGUCACGGGUCGAGAGAGGUCGACUCUCCAUGCCUUAGAGGAGGAGACUGAGACUCUUAUGUUCUUCCAAGAUAAGGAUGUUGGAGGAUCGGGACCUCGAGUGAGAGGCCAACAGGAUGAAAUUGAGAAACUCAUUAUUCUUGGACCUACUCGUGGGAGGCGUAUUGCUCAGUUGAAGUUGAUGUCGGCUAUUGAGUCGAAGUCCCCGGGCUUCUUUCUCGAUCAUCGUGAUAGAUGGAAUCUGGAUGAUACUCAUGAAGGCAAGCUUGGCCUGACGACGGUGAAGAUGACCGAGGCUCAAUUCACCUAUGCUUUGGGGAGGCGCGGCGCCACACGGAAGAAGCUUGAGAGAGCUAGUGGAGCCAUAAUUGAGUAUAUCGGUUACACGGCUUUCAUAUCCGGUACCAAGGCAGAGAGGCGUCGUGGCAGGGAUUACCUCAACUUUUUAUUGGAUCAGAGAGAAGGAGAGGUGAAUGUGAAGUUGGACGGUCGUGAGGAUGUCACUACAGUCGAGACCCCUGAGGAGUAUAUCGGCUUUAUCACUGGGCAUAAGGGCAGCGAGCUUCGAUCUAUCGAGGAGCGUACUGGAACCUUCUGCUUUGUGGAUGGCUGUGACCAGAGCUUUGUACGGGAUGAUGGCCCGUGGUGGGGUAAGGGGAAGGGUGGCUGGGGUAAAGGAAAGGGGAAAGGCUAUUCGAGCUGGCGCGAUGAUAGAGAUAGGGCCCGUCGGCGUCCGAGGGAUGGGCCACCACCAAGACUAUUGAUAUUCUGUUACGAUGCGAGGAGGAGGGAUGAUGCCGAGGAGAUGGUGAGGGAUAGAAUCCAUAGGAAGGUCGAACAGGAUAAGGAAAGAGGUAAAGGUGGUCUACAUCGGCCUUUCCUGAAUCGCCAUAGCAACCCCGAGAUUGAGACGAAGCGUCGCGAGCGUCUGGGUUUGCCAUCGAUCGAAGAAGAGGAUGCGAUGUUGGCCAAACAGAAGGCUGAGCAGGAGGCUAAAGAACGCGAAAGAAAGGAAGCUAGAGCGGACCGUGAGGCGGCGGCAGCCGAGGCGGCGGCCCGCAGAUCUAGAAGCGGAUCUAGACGUCGAUCUCGCUCGCCCGAUGAUGAUAGAUCUCCAAGGGAACGCAAGAGGAGGCGUUCUAGGUCAGGAAGCGGUAGGCGUUCUAGGUCGAGGAGUGGCAGGCGAUCGGUAUCCCGCAGUGGAGGGAGGAGUGACAGGUCUCUGUCACGUCGUAGAUCCCCUAGGGGAAGGCGCAGUCCGAUGUCGGUGGAUAGGGAGGGCCCGAAGGAUAGGUCACCCAGGAGUCAAGAUGCAGCUAUCAAGAAUGGGAAGGCACCUCCCUCUCCUGGUCCUGAUGGAGAUGACGUCGAGCCAAUGUCCCCGCCAAAAAAGGCUCUAGAGAGAUCAGACAGCCCUGUUGGGGAAGGCCGUAGUUCCGGUCGCCGUAGGAGUGCGUCUAGGAGUGGUGACAGAAGGCGUAGUCGCUCGAGAUCCGAGUCCGAGCGCAGGUCUAGUAGGAGGAGAGGCUCGAGCCCUAAGGACCGUCGUGGGAGGGACGACCGUUCGCGCAGCCGUGAAGGCCGCUAUCGUCGUCCUCGUUCUUCAUCUCGUGAGCGGUCUCGUCGUUCGAGGAGGGAUAGGAGCGAUUCGAGAGGAGACCGCGGCAGCAGAUAAUGAGCUGUUCGAAGCGAUGGCAUGUGAACGAAACUCUGCUCUAUAUGCUGUCUGUUUUUGAUCUAUCCCUUAUUAACGUUAUGAUAGAAGCCAGUAGGAUGCCUUCUGAAGAAGAGCACAUAGGCGAAGGUGGUCGUUUGAGUAGCAUCAUUUGAGAAGUAUCUUUAUGAGUAUCGACGCCAACAGUAUGUUAAUCAC